AUGUCCGGUCGUCGAAGCCGCUCAGUAGGUGAUAUCGCGGUCGAACUUGGUUUCAAAAAUGUCUACAAUCUUGAAGGAGGCUGGAAAGCUGCAGACACAAUUCCUCAUCAGCCAUAUGCUAAAAACCAUUCGCCAUGGGUUCACACUAUCUUUGAAAAAGAGACAGAAACUGCACAGUAUGUAGUAACAGAUAUCGAAACCAGAGAGGCUUACAUCAUCGAUCCUGUACUGGAUUAUGAUCCAUUUAGCUCAUGUGUUCACCCAAGUACAGCUAAACAGAUUAUCGAGUUUGUUAGGAAGCACAAACUCAAUAUAACCAAAAUUAUCGAUACACAUGUACAUGCAGACCAUCUAUCGGCAGCAAACUAUCUUAAGAUGCACCUGGAUAGUAAACCUGAGUUCUGGAUAGGAAAAAAUGUUACAAAGGUGCAAGACGUGUUUAGCAAAAAGUACAAUUUCCCCAAGAACGAUUUCCGGGCCAACGGAGAGCAAUUCGACCGUUUGAUAGAUGAAGGAGACACCUGGACGUUGGGCGGAAACAUCCAAUGUGACGCAUUAUUUACCCCUGGCCAUACUCCUGCUUGUGUUUCAUACAGGAUAGGUGACGCUGGAUUUGUGGGAGAUACUUUAUUUAUGCCAGAUAUUGGUACGGCACGAUGCGACUUUCCCGGAGGAAGCGUGGAGGACAUGUACAAGAGUAUCCACAAGAUAUACGACCACUGGAUAGAUGACACCCGGAUUUAUGUUGGACAUGAUUACCCGCCAUCCGAGUCUGGCAGAGACUACGAUGUCAUGACUACCCUUGAUGCCCACAAGCGAUUCAAUAAGAUGAUCAAUACACACGUCUCCUUUGAUAAAUAUGUCAGUAUGCGAAAAGAGCGUGAUGCAUCCUUAAAAGCCCCUCGAUUCAUUCAUCCUUCUUUACAAACAAAUCUUCGUGGUGGUACCUUGCCAAGUCGAGAGCAGCCUGCCGAUGAAAACGAGGACCCUGCCUCUGUUGGUCGGUUUUUUAAAAUCCCUGUUAGAUGGAAAGACUAA